UUGGAAGCAACAAUUAAGCAGCUCUGGGAUAAAACACACAGCCCGCGGGAGCACGGAGGCAUUCCUUCAAGAGAUGGCAAGGCAGGCAGCUGCACCCCUCCUCCCCGGAGUCCUCCUCCUCCUCUCCAUCCUCCCGGCUACUCAGCAAGGAGGGGUUCCUGGUGCUAUCCCGGGAGGGGGAGUCCCAGGAGGAGGUUUUUUCCCAGGUGCUGGAGUUGGAGGUUUGGGAGCAGGACUCGGGGCUGCAGGAAAACCUCCCAAACCAGGGGUCGGAGGACUUGGGGGACUCGGCCCCCUUGGCCUGCAGCCAGGUGCUGCGGGCCUGUUCCCCGGAGCUGCCUUCCCCGGGGGGGUGUUCCCGGGAGCUGCCUCGGCCGCGGCGCUCAAGGCUGCUGCAAAAGCUGGUGCUGGCAUUGGAGGCGUGGGUGGAAUUGCUGGUCCUGGUGGCCUUGGGGUCUCCACAGGUGCCGUGGUACCGGGCGCGGUGCAGCCCGGCCUUGGAGCGGCAGGGAAAGCCCCUAAAAUACCAGGUGCUGGGAUUCCUGGAGCUUUUCCAGGUGGCGUGCUCCCCGGAGCAGGUGUUCGCUUCCCUGGUGUGGGAGUGCUGCCCGGAGUCCCCACUGGAGCUGGAGUCAAGCCUAAAGCCCCAGGAGUUGGAGCCUUUGGAGGAAUCCCUGGACUGGGAGGUUUUGGAGGUCAGCAGCCCGGUGUCCCUCUGGGUUAUCCCAUCAAAGCUCCUAAGCUCCCAGGUGGUUAUGGACUGCCCUACACCAAUGGCCUCAGGCCCGGCGGGAUAGGAGCCGGCCUCCUGGCAGGAAAGGCAGGAUACCCUACCGGGACAGGGGUCGGAGCACAGGCGGCGGCGGCGAAGGCAGCAGCGAAACUUGGAGCUGGUGUCUUGCCUGGCGUUGGCGGCAUCCCGGGAGUUGCACCCGGUGUCGGCAUCGGCGGUGUCCCAGGAGUUGGAGUUGGAGGACCGGCAGCGGCGGCAGCAGCAGCGAAGGCAGCGGCAAAGGCAGGAGCUUUUGGUCCAGGGGCAGUGCCUGGAGUCGGAGGUGUCCCUGGCUUGGUACCCGGUGUCGGAGCUGUCCCCGGGGCGGUGCCCGGCGUCGGAGGUGUCCCCGGGGUGGCAGGGGUGCCGUCGGCGGCAGCAGCAGCGAAGGCAGCUAAGUACGGCGCCGGUGUUCCCGGUGUCGGUGUGGGCGGCGUCCCCGGCCUCGUGCCCGGAGUCGGAGGUGUCCCUGGCUUGGUACCCGGUGUCGGAGCUGUCCCCGGGGCGGUGCCCGGCGUCGGAGGUGUCCCCGGGGUGGCAGGGGUGCCGUCGGCGGCAGCAGCAGCGAAGGCAGCUAAGUACGGCGCCGGUGUUCCCGGUGUCGGUGUGGGCGGCGUCCCCGGCCUCGUGCCCGGAGUCGGAGGUGUCCCUGGCUUGGUACCCGGUGUCGGAGCUGUCCCCGGGGCGGUGCCCGGCGUCGGAGGUGUCCCCGGGGUGGCAGGGGUGCCGUCGGCGGCAGCAGCAGCGAAGGCAGCUAAGUACGGCGCCGGUGUUCCCGGUGUCGGUGUGGGCGGCGUCCCCGGCCUCGUGCCCGGAGUCGGAGGUGUCCCUGGCUUGGUACCCGGUGUCGGAGCUGUCCCCGGGGCGGUGCCCGGCGUCGGAGGUGUCCCCGGGGUGGCAGGGGUGCCGUCGGCGGCAGCAGCAGCGAAGGCAGCUAAGUAUGGUGCUGGCGUUCCUGGCAUCGCUGGUGUUCCCGGUGUUCCUGGUGUUCCUGGAGUUCCCAGUGUCCCUGGUGUCCCAGCCAUUCCUGGCGUGCCUGGGGUUCCUGGUGCUGUGCCCGGUGUUGGAGUGGGUGGCCCAGCAGCAGCGGCCGCAGCCAAGGCUGCAGCGAAAGCAGCAGCGAUCGGAGCAGGAGCCGUGCCUGGCGUUGGUGUGCCUGGCGUUGGUGUGCCCGGCGUUGGCGUUCCCGGAGUGGGUGUUCCUGGAGUGGGUGUGCCUGGUGUUGGCGUGCCCGGUCUGGUGCCUGGGGUCGGCGUUCCAGGAGGCCCAGCAGCCGCUGCCAAAGCAGCCGCCAAAGCAGCCAAGUACGGAGUAGGUGGCCUGGCUCCCGGCGUGGGUGGCCUGGCUCCCGGUGUGGGUGGCCUGGCUCCCGGCGUGGGUGGCCUGGUUCCUGGAGUAGGUGGCCUGGUUCCUGGUGUUGGAGGUGUCCCAGGUGUUGGAGGUCCAGCAGCAGCGGCCAAAGCAGCAGCCAAGGCAGCCAAAUUUGGUGCCGGGGUUGGGGGGGUGCCAGGGGUCGUACCUGGCGUGGGCGGAGUGCCCGGAGUGACACCCGGUGUUGGUGGCGUGCCCGGCUUGGUGCCAGGGGUAGGAGUACCUGGAACUGGCAUCAUUCCCGGGGCAGGCAUUCCCCAAGUAGGGGUGCAGCCUGGUGCUAAACCUCCCAAAUUCGGUGUUCCUGGGGUUGGAGUCCCAGGCGUUGGUGGCCUCCCAGGUGGCCUUGGAGUCGGUGGGCUCGGAGUUGGUGGCCUCGGAGCUGCUGGGAAACCUCCCAAGCCAGGCGUUGGAGUUCCAGGCUUCGGCGUAUCACCGGUAUUUCCAGGUGGGGUCGGCGGCCUGGGAUUCGGUGGGAAGCCCCCCAAGCCCUACGGAGGAGCUCUGGGUGCCCUGGGCUUUAGAGGCGGCGCGGGCUGCGCGGCAGGGAAGUACUGCGGAAGGAAGCGGAAGUAACGCUCCGCCACCCAUCACCUCAUGAACUUUGGUGCUACUGCAUGGUCCAGAAUGUAAAUCCGAAGCAAAGCUGAGACACCCUCUCCUCAAGCCCCGGACCACCCCCCCCCCCCCCCGCCGUCCAUCCCGGGGCCGUGCCCGGCCCCGCGUUUCCCGGAGGGACCCCGCGUUCCCCGGCAGCGCCCGCCCCCCCCCCGCCCCUCGGUCCCGGCAGGGAGCGCGGAAUAAACUGCGGGGAGCAGCCGUCCCCCUUGGUGCUAUCGCUCUCUGCGGGAUUUGGGGGGGCCUGGGCUGUCGCGCCCCUCCCCAGCCCCAGAGCUGACCUCCGGAGGGGGGGGACACAGGAUGAGGGGCACCCCACAUUGGAGGAAGGGAGGGAGGGAGGGAAGGGGAUGCCGGCGGCGGGGGCUGUGCGGGGAGCCCCGUCAGCCCGGCCCCCACCCCAGUCCCCGCGCUCCCCCCGGUUUGGGGGGGGCCGCGGGCAGGAGGGGCUCAGUCCCUUCACGUUGCUCACUUUGCUAUAACUGGGUGGGACGCCCUAUACAGAGGGACUUGCUUCUGACAGACUAAUAAAGGACAAGUUUUUAAAGGA